AGGGAUACACACGAGGCAAUCCCCAUUCUGGCCACGGCCAAUAUACACACUGCUAACCCGCCAGUGGAACUCCAUCUAAGGAACGACCACACUCCGAGUCUGCCUCCAGACCAACAAGCACACAACCCUUCCGACAUGGCUGACCAACUAACAGAGGAACAGAUUGCAGAGUUCAAGGAGGCUUUCUCCUUAUUCGACAAGGAUGGUGACGGCACCAUCACCACCAAAGAGCUUGGCACCGUAAUGAGGUCGCUGGGCCAGAACCCCACAGAGGCCGAGCUACAGGACAUGAUCAAUGAGGUGGAUGCCGACGGUAAUGGAACCAUCGACUUUCCGGAGUUCCUGACCAUGAUGGCCAGAAAAAUGAAGGACACAGACAGCGAGGAGGAGAUCCGCGAGGCUUUCCGGGUAUUCGACAAGGACGGAAACGGCUACAUCAGCGCCGCGGAGCUCCGUCACGUCAUGACGAACCUGGGAGAGAAGCUAACGGACGAGGAGGUGGACGAGAUGAUUAGAGAAGCAGACAUCGACGGAGACGGACAGGUCAACUACGAAGAGUUUGUACAGAUGAUGACUGCAAAGUGAAGCUUGCCCGCCCCGUCCUGUCCCCUCUUAGAAGAAAAGAAAAAAGGAAAAAAAAAAAAAAAUCAAAAUGUUUUACUUACCUCUUGGGAAAAAAAAAAAAGUUCAUUUAUUCAUACUGUUUCUGUAUAGAAAAUAAUUGAAUGUUGAAUUAAAAUAUCCUUCUGUCCACACAGGAAAAAUAUAAAAACAUACAAAAAAUAUCUGCAUGAAAAAUGAUGGUUAGUGAUCCUGUCCCCUCCCCCCGGAGAUCAGUUUAGCAUCAGUACUUAACGAGUAAACUAAAUAACAACGAACCCUGUAACUACUACCUUCAGACUCGAGCAUUUGGCGGACUCCCUCCAGUUCCAUUUGCUAGUGGUAAAUGUCCGGGCUGGCCAUCUCUUCUUUCUCUCUCUUCUCUUUUUUCUCUUUCUCUCUCUGUUUUUCUGUUCUCCAUGCAUGCAGCUUGAGACCGGAGCAGCACCACCACCACCACCACCACCCUGCCCUCCCCUGCCCUGCCUCCUCUUCCUCCUCUUCCUCACCCCCCAUCCCUCCUCCGGCCUACCAGAGCGUGCUGAUUCCACUAUAAGCUGUCCUCUUGUUGGUUUGGUACAGUUUUUUUGUAUUUGGAGAGGAUCCCUGUACUGUUAAGAUGAGAGAAUAAUACCAGGUUCUAACU